AUGGGACUGACGACGACGAUCUCAGUCCAUCUGCGUGUCGCCGAUGCUUUUCAAGAGCGCCAUCGCAAGGACAACUUGAAUGAGACAGAAUCGACGAAUAUCUGCGGGAAAAAGGUGCAAGGCGUCGCAUUUCUCACAACUGAUAAAAACAAUCCAGCAGCCAGGUGCAACGUGACAUUAUUGCUGGAAAACAAGACACUACAUGUUUUAAAGGGUAACACCGAUCUCAAGCGAUUCGUUGUCGGUGAUAUAAAGACACCUGUUCUCAUCGUGAGAGACGAAUGCUUAUCUAUACAAAACGACAUAUCGGAAGAUGUUUUGUGUUUCCCGAAUAGAUAUAGUCUAGAAAGUUGGUGGAUGGCUAUAACCAAACAGAUACUUUGCAACCACCAAGGAAAGGUGCGCAACGAAAUGUAUGGAGAAGCUACGCUGGAGGAGAUUCAUGCGGAUGUAGAGUCGUUAUAUAAGGGAGAUCAGAGGCGAGGCAUCAACAUACGGAUCGAUGGGGAUGACCCGUCUAAACUUCCUCAGAUAAAAGUACAUUACAGGGAAUGA